GCUUUACGUGUGUGUGUGUGUAUAUGUGUGUAUAUGUGUGUGUGCAUCGCUGAGGGUGUCAGUAAAUCAUUGACCAUAUAUAAUUUGUAGACGGUCCCUCAGCGCUCGCUGUGCUCAUGGCUGCAUGUAGAACACAACAUGCUGUGUGGAUUUCAGAGGACAAACAUCUGUGAAGUAAAAGUUCAAAAGCUAUUGAAGAAAGAAAUCCGAAUAUGCGAAUAUGAAACUAACUUUACCGCGACGAUGUGUGAGAAGGCCGGUCUCUCAGUUGCUCUGGACCAGAAUCAGAACGACAGCACCCAUCAUGAUCCACUGGGACACCAGGACGGUCCGGUCCUGGACAGAAUCUAUAUGGACUAUAACGCCACCACACCGAUCGACCCCGAGGUGACCACAGCGGUCACUGAGGCUUUGAUUGACGCCUGGGGGAACCCGAGCAGCACCUACCUGCCAGGUGUGAAAGCUAAAGCUAUCAUCGACCGCUCGCGGGAGAGCGUCGCCGGGAUGGUGGGGGGGCGGCCGGCGGAUAUCAUAUUUACAUCAGGAGGCACCGAGGCUAAUAACAUGGUCUUCCACUCUGCCCUGGAACAUUUCUGGAGGAGCAGGGUGUCGGCGGAGGGAGGAGGAGAGAACGGCGACGGCGAAAAGAUCCUGCCGCACAUCAUCACGUCCAACGUGGAGCACGACUCGGUCCGACUCGCCGCCGGGCACCUGGCGGAGACGGGCAGGGCAGACGUGACGUUUGUGCCCGUGUCUAAAGUGAGCGGUCGGGUGGAGGUGGCGGAUGUGAUGGCGGCGCUGCGUCCCUCCACCUGUCUGGUGUCGGUGAUGCUGGCUAACAACGAGACGGGCGUGGUCAUGCCUGUCCGGGAGAUCUGUCGGGGCGUGAGGGCUCUGAGAAGAGCUACGAGGAUUCUUCUGCACACGGACGCGGCGCAGGCCAUCGGGAAGAUCCGUGUGGACGCUCGGGAGCUGGAGGUGGAUUAUCUGACCAUAGUGGGACACAAGUUUUACGCUCCUCGGAUCGGUGCCCUGUUCGUGAACGGCCCCGGUACAGCAACCCCUGUUUACCCUCUGCUCUUCGGUGGAGGACAGGAGCGCAACUUUAGACCGGGCACUGAGAACACGGCGAUGAUCGCCGGGCUGGGCAAAGCUGCAGAGUUAGUGAGCGCAAACUUGGCGAAAUACGAGACUCAUCAGCUGGAUAUCAGACUCUACCUGGAGCGGAGACUGUUGGCUGUAUUUGGGAAGGAGAAUCUUCGAUUUAACAGCCACUUCCCCGACUCAGACACCCUACCCAACACGUGUAACGUGUCUAUUUCAGGACCAGGACUGCAAGGCCGCCGAGUGCUGUCCACAUGUAGGAGAUUACUGGCCAGUGUGGGUGCUGCCUGUCACUCAGACCGAGGAGAUCAGCCUUCACACAUCCUCCUUAACUGUGGAGUCCCGUACGACGUGGCGAGCAACGCUCUGAGGAUCAGCGUGGGUAGAGGAACGUCCCGGGCAGACGUGGACGUCGUGGUGGAGGACCUACGAGAAGCUGUGGAGCAGCUGGGGCGAAGGGACUGAGAUGCCUAAAACUUUCCUGUGAGGUGUGGAGGGUAAACGAUGAAACUGGAUAGAAUUAUUAGUCUCGGGUAUCAUCGAUCUCUUAUCUAGUCGUAUUUAAUUCCCUGAUCGUAUUUCACCUCCACUCCUGACUGAGGAGAGUCGUGAGUAACACACGCCCCCUCUGACACGUGUGCAGUACAGACCACUUCUUUUCACCUGCACUAGACGGGUUCAUUUGGAGAUCCGUAUCACACACUGCAUACUUUUGGACACAUUGGGUCUGUUAAAUAACCUAGUGCCCCGCCCUGCUCCCUACUACCCACCUGUUUUUUGUGAGAAAUGUUUUUGUGCCGCACUGAAUGCUGGGAUUGCCAGUAGGAGCAUUUUAAGGAAUCUAGGAAUUUAGACACGCCCUCUUCUCGGGAGUGUAGGAUGAUGGGAAAUUAGUCUGUGUAGAGAUCGAACAUGCAAAAGCUCUUUUUGACGUUUUUAAGAUGGUUUAUUUCUGCUGUUACAGGGUUUUAUUUAAAUGAUUUAUUUAUGGAUAUUAAUGUGUGUUCUUUUAUAUAUGUGGGUUUUAUUAAAACAUUUCCAAGAA